CAGCCUCGCUCUCCGCGUCGCCCGGUGCCCCGGGGGAUGCCCCCGGCCGGGCUCCCCCAUGGCCGCCGACGUCUUCAUGUGCUCCCCGCGCCGGCCCCGCAGCCGGGGCCGCCCGGUGCUGCUCAAGCACCAGGUGCCCGAGGACGACGACGACUCGGACACGGAUGAGCCGUCCCCGCCGCCCGCCUCCGGCGCGGCCACCCCGGCCCGGGCCCACGCGAGCGCCGCGCCGCAGCCGUCCCGGGCCGGGCCGGGCCGCGAGGAGCCUCCGCGCCGCCAGCAGAUCAUCCACAGCGGCCACUUCAUGGUGUCGUCGCCGCACCGCGAGCACCCGCCCAAGAAGGGCUACGAUUUCGACACGGUCAACAAGCAGACGUGCCAGACCUACAGCUUCGGCAAGACCAGCUCCUGCCACCUGUCCAUCGACGCCUCGCUCACGAAGCUCUUCGAGUGCAUGACCCUGGCCUACAGUGGGAAGUUGGUGUCUCCAAAGUGGAAGAAUUUCAAGGGCCUGAAGCUCCAGUGGAGAGACAAGAUCCGGCUCAAUAACGCCAUCUGGCGGGCGUGGUACAUGCAGUAUUUGGAGAAGCGCAAGAAUCCUGUGUGCCACUUUGUCACUCCACUAGACGGCUCUGUUGAAGUAGAUGAGCAUCGCCGGCCAGAGGCCAUCACCACAGAAGGGAAGUACUGGAAAAGCCGCAUUGAGAUUGUGAUCCGGGAAUAUCACAAGUGGAGAACCUACUUCAAGAAAAGGCUACAGCAGCACAAGGAUGAGGACCUCUCCAGCCUGGCCCAGGAUGAUGACAUGCUUUACUGGCACAAACAUGGGGAUGAAUGGAAGACCCCAGUCCCCAUGGAGGAGGACCCACUGCUGGACACAGACAUGCUCAUGUCAGAAUUCAGCGACACCCUCUUCUCCACACUUUCCUCACAUCAGCCGGUGGCCUGGCCUAACCCACGGGAAAUAGCACAUCUGGGAAAUGCAGACAUGAUUCAGCCGGGGCUGAUUCCUUUGCAGCCCAACCUGGACUUCAUGGACACCUUUGAGCCUUUCCAGGACCUCUUCUCUUCCAGCCGCUCCAUUUUUGGCUCCAUGCUGCCUGCACCUGCCUCAGCACCUAUACCAGAUCCCAACAUCCCAACUGCUCAGGAGAGCAUCCUGCCAACCACCGCUCUCCCUACCGUGAGCCUCCCUGACAGCCUCAUCGCGCCCCCCACAGCCACUGCCCUGGAGCCCACGGAUGAGCAGGGCUGUGAACGUGCUUCCCAGCCUGGGGACCCCUUUAUCCAGCCCACAGACUUUGGUCCCCCUGUGCCGCCACUGAAUGUCCCACAGUCUUUCCUCCCCGUGUUCACCAUGCCCCUGCUCUCUCCCAGUCCCGCCCCUGUGGCUGUGUCUCCUGCCUUGCCGUUGGUCCCUCCUCCUGCCACUGCCCUGACUCCCACGACUCCAUCCUCUUUCCUGGAACCUCAGAAGUUUGCUGGAGUCGGCAAGUCACCCUCUGUCAUCACCCACACAGCCUCCGCCACCCUCACCCACGAUGCCUCUGCCACCACCUUCAGCCAGAGCCAGGGCCUUGUCAUCACAACCCACCAUCCCACUCCCUCAGUGUCCCCCUGUGGCUUGGCACUGUCUCCGGUCACCCGGCCACCGACUGUUGGGCCCCCCCAACCUCGUUUAACUUUUGUGCACCCCAAACCUGUAUCUUGGACUGGCGGGAGGCCCAAGCAGCCCCCCAAAAUAGUGCCUGCUCCCAAACCAGAGCAUAUGUCCUUGGUGGUGAAGAAUGCUUGCAUCGCCCCAGCUGCCUUUUCAGGACAACCACAAGCAGUGAUUAUGACAUCAGGCCCUCUGAAGAGAGAAGGGAUGUUGGCUUCUACUGUGUCCCAAUCCAAUGUGGUCAUCACACCUGCUGCCAUCGCCAGGGCUCCUGGAGUUACGGAGUUCCACAGCAGCAUCCUGGUGACAGACCUCGGCCACCCCUCGAGCAGCCAGCCCGCCCCUGUCUCCCGGCUCUUUUCUCCAAGCACGGUGCAAGACUCCCUGGUGAAGGGCGAGCAGGUCCCACUGCACGGGGCCAGUCCCCAGGUGCCUGCUGCAGGUUCCAGUCGAGACUGCCCAAACUCAGGGCAGGCCUCUCCGUGUGCUUCAGAACAAAGCCCCAGUCCUCAGUCUCCCCAGAACAACUGCUCAGGGAAGUCUUCUGCAGACCCCAAAAAUGUGGCUGCUUUAAAGAACCGGCAGAUGAAGCACAUUUCAGCUGAGCAGAAAAGGCGCUUCAACAUCAAGAUGGGCUUUGACACCCUGAACAGUUUGAUCUCUAAUAAUUCCAAGCAGACCAGCCACGCCAUCACGCUGCAGAAGACUGUGGAGUACAUCACCAAGCUGCAGCAGGAGCGGAGCCAGAUGCAGGAGGAAGCCCGGCGGCUGCGGGAGGAGAUCGAGGAGCUCAACGCCACCAUCAUCUCCUGCCAGCAGCUGCUCCCUGCCACGGGAGUCCCUGUCACCCGGCGUCAGUUUGAUCACAUGAGAGACAUGUUUGAUGAAUAUGUGAAAAGCCGGACCUUGCAGAAUUGGAAGUUCUGGAUUUUCAGUAUCAUCAUCAAGCCGCUGUUUGAGUCCUUCAAGGGGAUGGUGUCCACCAGCAGCCUGGAAGAACUGCACCGGACAGCACUGUCCUGGCUGGAUCAGCACUGCUCCCUACCCAUCCUCAGGCCAAUGGUGCUGAACACCCUCCGGCAUCUGAGCACCACCACCUCCAUCCUCACAGACCCGUCCCAGCUGCCAGAGCAGGCGGUAGAGGCUGUCACCCGAAUUGGCAAGAGAUCGGCGGAGUCUUAGCAAUGCUUAGCAGGCACGUGGCUGCAUGAGAUGCCACGGAGACCCUUCCCUGCCUGUGGAGGGGAGGCUGUGCCCCACGCCUCUCCUGAUGCAGAGCCUGAGGACCUCCCUUCGACUCUGCUGGCCCGCUGGGCCGCUCAGAACACCACGCUCAGGUCUGAAGCAGGUUCGGGUCCUGCCGACAGCAAUAGCCCAUCUUUGGGAACCCCUUGCUGUGAACUCUCACUCAGUGACCUCAUUCAAUGACCUCUCUUACCCUCGGAGCAGCCCAGACAAAGGGGAGCACCGCCUUGUCCUGUGCUGUUCUGUCCUGCUGGUGUAUGUCAGGGCCACGACGCCAGUGUGGGGAGUGGAUAGGACAAGAGGGGGCAACGCCUGCUCCUGCAAGUUAGGAGACUUAAGGGUCCUCCCAGUUCCUGUCUUGAGACUUACAGAUAUUCCCUCCUGUCACAUCCCGGGCACUUGUACUGCUCGGAAUGACUCCUUGCGCCCGCUCUGGCCCACCCGUGGAGCAGUUGGAAGGCAUCUUUCUUCCUUCCCUGACUCGGACUUUGUAGGUAGAUCUGGACGUCUGCUCAGGCUUAUGCACAGGCAUAGGCUUCUCCUACCGCACAGGCUGCUGGGGGAGCCCCAGAACACACGUGUGCAAAAGCCCGUGUGGGUGCCUGUGGGACGAGAAGGAAAGCACAACAGUGCAAAGCUGCUGCUGUGGCUUGGAAACCCUCUCGGGCGAUGUUUUAAUCUGUCUUGAUUUAGUUCCACAUGACAUUGCAGCAUCCACUGGGUCGCUGACUUGAGAAUCAUGGCGGGCUCUCAGCCCGGGCCUCCUCGGGCGUCCUCACAACACAGCCCUUCCACCCUUGUUCUCCACCUGCUUCCAAGCUGCAGCCACGGACGAGCCAGCUGUGCCUGAUGGACGCUUGUGGCCCUUAGGGUGUAGCGUUUGAAAGGCCAGACUCCACAGUGCUGCCGUCAGCCUGGUCCCCUUGUCUGGAUUGUUCAGCCGGGAGCCCCAAACCAUAACAGUUCUCAGACCAAAGAUGUCAUCACGCCUGAAGUCUGUCCUGUCUCAUAUUUGGAGGAAGAAAUUGAGUGUUGACAGGCAGAACUCCGAGGUGGCCAGUCUCAGAGCUGUCUCUAGGCGUCUCCCAGAUCAGACAGUAAAGAAUUAUACUCAGAUUUGAUCAAGGUGGAGGAAUAUCUGGGGACAGUGGACUGUUUCCGAAUGUGGGAAUUAUAGUUGGUUCAGAGGGAGGUGCAGCAGGAGGGUGGGUCCAGGUCUCACUGCGUCUGCGAGGGUAGCUGCAGGUGGGAGGGUGCUCUCUAACACUCAGGAAGCCCAGCCAAGGGCACCUCCUCCUUGAAAGAAUGUGCUUUGAACGUCCUGCUGUGAAGUUCAGAGCCAGCAGGCUUUCCCUUCGACCUCUGUCCUCCCUGCCAGAAAUGGAGCCUGGGCAGUGCUAGGCAGGCCAGGAGUCUGGGUGGGCUUCAAGGGAGCCGGGGAGCUGUGGGGUGGGGGGUGGCGGGUACCACGGGCUACCUCCUGAAGUUCAGAUCCAUUCGGAGGCUCCCACUGGUUUGGAAGCCUGCAGAAGGUGCUCAGAGGGCAGCCAGCCCUGCCUCAGCUUUGGUUGAUGGAGGACAGAGGGAGGGGUCCUCUCCCUGCUGAUGGCCAUGCCACAGGUCUGUGACUAGUUGCCUGCUCCGGUGUCUGUGCUUCAGCCCCGUAUAAGAGCAGCUUGGCGGCACCCCUCAGCCUCCCCAGAAAACAUGUUUACAGACCUUCACAUCACUUUUCUGAGGGGCGAGCACGAGGCAAGGCUGGGCCAGUCUACAAUUCCCACUGGGAAGCGGUAAGAGAACCGUCCUUCACCCCUAGGAUAAACAUGAAGUCGCCCUUCCAAAGGAGAAACGGCUGUGAUAAGAACUCUGCUAAGGUCAAAAGAAAAAACACAAAACUUUCCCAGCCGUGAGGGCUUGUGGAGGGUCAUGAGCUUGGCUCCUUCCCCAGUUCCUGUGCCUUCGUAAACCGCGUGGAUGGCCGCAGUGCUCGGCUCGCCAAGACCUCUCCGAAAUCAAUAGCUUUCUCCCCACCCUUUUCUGGGAAUCAUUUUUCUUUAAACUCCGUGGGGUAUAAAAUUGGCCUCUUGCUUUGGCCUACCUCUCCCUCUCUCUCUCUCUUUUGCUGAUUUAAUGUUUAUGAUUAUGUUAAAUAUUUAAGGCUGUUAGGUUGUGUGAGACUUUGAAGGAUGUGUGUGCGCGCGCUUCCGUCCAUGUGCCCCAGCAGACUGUUAACUAGAUGCGCGUUCCUCUUUUGAAAUCUUUCUUAAAUCCAUUUCUCUUGAUGCUCAGCAUUACCACGGCUGUAGGGCCACAAAGCUAUAUCUCUUACUAUAGACACGAUUGUUUCUUGUCCCGAAGUUUUCUUGUUUUGGAAUCUUGCCCAGUGAAUCACGGGGGCCUAGCCUCCACUUCUGUCCUGGGCCAGGGUGUGGGGACCCUGAGGCCACUCAGCCAGCAGCCUCCACUGGACACUGACUGCAGGGCUAUGGUUUGUUUACGCUUGUUUCCACCCCCACUCCUGUCCCUACUCCCAUAAAAGAAACUUAAAAAUGCUGACACUUUGAAGAAUAAGAAAAUCAUACUGAAAAGGAAAAGAGGCUGUCUGGCACAUAAAUCUCUGAAAGUGAUUCUGUGAAAUCUUUCUGUGCCAUCGGCUCCUUUCCCAUCACUGUUUGCUCUUUCACGAUGAGUGAGAAGUGCAGGGACAGAGCAGGCACCACCACAGGGCUUUCUGAAAUUGACUGGCCCGUCCCUCCUGUUACACACCAGCUGUCACCCCCUCCGGAGGGCCCUGGCCGGCGGCAGAUGGGCCACUUUCUGGCAGUUUUUCACAGCACGAGGGAAGCAGUCCCAAUGUGAGAAGUUAGUGUUGAUGAAAACACUGGGUCUUGUCGAGGAGAAAGGACUGGGAGGACGGUGAAAUCCCCAGCACACUGUGUUCCUGGAACCUCUUCAGGAGGAGAGGUGGUCACUGGUCACCCGUGUGUCCUUGUGUACCCAACCUUCCCCACUUCCUGUCCUUGUGACCUGAGCCCACCCCACCUUUCUCAAGGUCAGACCUGUGGGUUUUUCUGCUCUGGCCAAUGGAAAUAUAAACUUAGAAUCUUAAGGGACAUGGCACCCCAGGGUGGUGCCAUACCCCUCUGUCCGGCCCCAGGUGAAGGGGUGUGGCGAGUGACAUCGUUGCCUGAUCCUGGCACACCCUCCAGCAGGAGGGGUCAUACACCUCCUGUCUCCAUGUGCAGUCCUGGCGGGCUCCACCCCAGCUUCCCCUCAGUGGGGCUUCCCUUCCUUGUGAGGUGCUGGCCUUCCACCUGGAUGAGUCCCAAGGCGGCAGGUUCACCGUUGUUUUCAGCAUCACAAGUGUUUACUAUCUAGCUGAACAAGAACUCAUCAGAGAGGAGCCGGGGCCGUCCUGUGGUCUGUCCGCCCAUGGCCAGCAGGCUCGCUCAGUGUGGGGUGGGUGCGGUGCUGUGGACCCAGGCCCUGCACUGGCCGACCUUGCCUCAGGUCAGCCCUUUCAUCCCACUGGCUCCAGAGGGGCAGGCUUACCACAUCACCUCAUCACCCCUCCCUGCUCUCAGCAGUCCCUUCCCCUCUUGUGAUCACCUCAAUCCUGAAGCCCCCUAUCAAACCUGGGGCGAGUUGGGCCUCUCUCUCCUUUGUCUCUGGCGGGAAGAAUCGCCUUUCCCUCCAGAUGCCCUCUUCCCGUUCAGCGCUUUGCCGUAGGUGAAACCUGCCCAUCACAUGUCGAAACCGAGCUUUGCAGUUUUUCCUUGGUCCUGGUCUCCUUGGUGAAGGGAGUUGAGAGAGCCCUGAUGUGGGCAGCGCAGGAGCCACUAGGAUGCCCGUUGGUCUGUGGUUUGGGAUUUGUUGCCCCUGAUGCCUUGUAUAUUAAAGAGGAUUUUCACAUCUGAACAUGGCGGUGGGGUGGGAGGGAGCAAGCUUGGAAGCUCAAAACAAGUUUGUACCAUUCAGUAGUCGCCUUGGCCUUGAUCCACUCGGCAGGUUUCUGUGAUCAGAGUGGUUCCAGCAACAGAGAGAAGCCUUAGGACCCCUGUGUGCACGCACACAGGUCAACUGCCCAAUUUUCCUUUCCUACUGAGGACUCGCCUUUCCCGGCUCCCUGCACGGCUGUUUCCUUGUUGGGCUUACAAAAAUCAGCCUUUGAGUAAGAAAAGGGAACUUUUCAUGUUGAAUGUUGGCUUUGACUUUGAGUGUGUGUGUGUGUGUGCGCGCGCGUGCACUUGCACAAGCCUGCGUAUAUGUUUACUUAAUGGAAUUUUAUUUUUGUGAAAUUCCUUUCCAAUUAUUUAGCAAAAUUCACCUCCAUCUCCCAGUCAAACUUUUGGUUCCACAGUCAACCCUAGGCAUCGCUAAUUUGAAGAAUUCUCCUCUGGGUUUCUGAACAGAGAUUGUGCUACUCUCAAGAGCUGAGAUUGUGGACGGUUGGGAGAAACUGAAGUUUUAUACAUUUCCGUGGAGUUUACAUCCUGCAGUUAAAGGCAUAAAGGGCUCAGCCCUGGGAGACACAAUUCCCGGCUGUGUUUCUCACAGGGAGCUCGAAUGCAGCCUCUCCCCGUGACGUCCUGCGGUUUCUAUAUCUGAACCUUUUCACAUAGCCUGCAAAAGGAUGCUGUAUUCAUUUGCUUAUUUUGUAACACCACAGCUGAAACACCAUGUUCUUUUCCUUUUUCAGAUUUCAGUUCAUUGUGUAAAUGGUUCAUUUUUUUGUUGUGAGCUUUGAUGAUUGUGUCAGGGCACUUUUAGGAGACAGUUACUCCUUGUGGUCUGAAAAACAAAACCCAGAAGAGUCUUGUUUGAUCAGAGGCUCCCUCAGGCCUGCGUCAUCCAGAACACAGCCCUUUAUGCUCCGCAGUCGAGAAGCACGUUUCCACCAGCUGUAUUCAACACUACAAUGCAGUUUUAAAACUAUAUUUGCAUCCAAGACAAUAAAAAGCUGUAUUUUUUUGAAAAGCC